AUAUAGCCUGGCUUGUGUGAUGAAAUAUAGAUCAUCAUCACAAUAGCCUUACAGAAAGGAGACGCAGACCAAAUCCUGUAACAGCCAUAUAUGGCUUAACUUCAUUGUAUGUGACUUUUAAACUGUAUAUUGAAUUGUGUGCGUGUGUGUGUGUGUGUGUGUGUGUGUGUGUGUGUGUGUGUGUGUGUGUGUGUGUGUGUGUGUGUGUGUACAAUAUGGACUACAUUUCUUUUAACUUUUCAAUCGCAAAAUUAAUUAACACAGUAUAAUGUGUUAUGUCUUUAAAAGUUUUAAAAUAUAUUCUUCAAGUCAUUUAUAAGAGUCACUUAUCCUUUAAUGAUCAUCUGUGUAAAUAAACUAUAUUCAAGUAACAUGCUUAUUAAUGUUUAACUUGUCUUUUCUUGUAUACAUACAGUAUAUUUUGUAGAGCCAUACCGAUAUACCAGUAGGCCAAUUUUAUCGGCUGACAGAGUAUAUCAAUAUCAGCAUAUAUGCAUAUAUUUCAUGCAGUAUUCGCCUAUAUUUACCUUUUUUCUUUUUUGCAGCACACAAAGCAGAAAACCAUACUUGGGGUCAUUUAUAAUUAUUCACUUUCCAUCAGUAUUUACUGUGUUUUUGUUAAACUUUUAAAUGUCCUGCCUCUCUUACACAGGCUACAUGUCUCUGCCACAAGAGUUUGAUAACCACAUUUGUGGGAUUAUUGCAAAAAAUGUGUCGACACAUUAUAUAUCCUGUAUAUCCAUACACACUAGUUUACUUGUAUUGGCCAAUAUAUCAAUAUCAGCAUUUUUCAUGCCCUGUUGGUAUCGGUAUUGGCCUAAAAUAUCCAGUAUUGGACACACUCUAAUAUAAUUGACUAUUUAUGUUCUUUUAGCAUCCUUUUCAAAUUGAAGGCAAAGGCUAUAUAGCAUUUUUACAAAUGUGCGUGUUGUGUAAAUAAAGAUAUGUGCUUGAUUUGAGGAUAUGCUAUGUUUGUAUUGAAGCCAAAUUUUAUUUUUGUAAUCUAAUAUUUAUCAAUACAGGGAAACAUCUUGGUCAAUAUAGAAGAUGGAGUUCAGUGUUAGAUUAUAAAUGUCAUGUGCUGUAACACAAGAGCAUAACAGAAUUAUUCUAGGAGCGAAGUUUGCAACAAUGUCUAAAACCAUAAACAUAAAUAAGACUGAUGUAAAACUAUAGCAAACACAUUCAUGAAAUACCCUCAGGUCUUCAGAUCAAAGUAUAGAUUUGUCAGUCAAGCCUCCUCUGAUGUGAAAUGUGAGCAGCAAGUGGGUCUCUAUGUUAUGACUAUGUGUUGCAAUACGAAGUGAGGGUGCCUGUCCUGUAACAACUCUUGUGCAAAGCAUAGGACAUAAAUCAUUGGUCAUCAGCUACAUCAUGAACCACAUUCUACAGACACGUUUUUCAAGUCCACAUGCACUGCCUCACCAAGAUGGGACAUUAUUUUUUUCCAACUUUUUAAGAUGGAUCAAAACAAAGCAGUGAAUUAUUUACAGUGUUGCCAUUAAAAAAUGGCACAUUUUUAGUUCUGGUUCAAAUAGUUAGUUUUUACUCUGAAUUCAGUUUAAUUUUUAGGCUUCUUCGCUAAGUCUAAAGUCUACUUUCGGAAAAUCUGAUGUGCUCUUGCACCUAUUUGUAGGGCUGCUAUAAAUAGGCCCCUGCUGGCAACACAUGCAUGUCUAUGAUAGGCAGUUACAGAGAUUUUCUUCACAGACUCUGGCUCCAAGCAACACUGAAGACACCUCGAUGGUAGGUUGGAAAAUUUACAAAGUUUAACGGUGACCAAGAAACACCUGAAUCUUAGUCCUAACACAUACAAGUAGAUAACAUGUCUUGGAUUGGUUUUUGACCACUAACAGCCCUUCCACAACCUGAUAGCUGAUCCUAUUUAUAACCUGCUCCAAUGUAAGUACUUUGCUUGGUUAGAAAGGACAGGCAUUGAGUCUGAACUGUGUCUUUGAGAUUUCUACAGCCAAAUAACCCAGUGUGUAUCUUAUGUCUUCUUUAAUUAACUUCAGACAGGUUUUGUUACCAAUCUAAAAUGUUUCUAUUUUCUUCUUCAGGGGCUUUUACAUGGAUACCACCAUUGAAUUGGAGCCUUGAAUUCUUAACAAGCUGUGGAUGUGACCGUGGAGUAGUUUCAUACUGGCUGAUACAUUUAUUUGGAUUUUAAGUUUUUUGUGAAUUGCCUCAGUGGACAAUGACUUCCAGAAGGCCUAUGACUCGCACUUAUUCCGGCAAUGGCAGGACAAGCAGCUUCAAUGAAGAGGACAGCAGCUCUUCCAAUGGCCGCCCAGAAAAUCGUAAUAAUUACCUCUCCAAUGUUAGGCCUGAAAACAGCUAUUCAAGGUAUUCUCACUACAGACCAACGAGGAGCACGUUGUGUAGCGUCAUGGCUCAGCUGACCGAGGACAUCCAGCCCUCCUUUGAGACCACCGUGAAAUCAAAGGCGGUGUCAGAAAACUGUAAUGUGAAGUUCAGCUGUGUCGUAUCAGGUUAUCCAGCUCCGGAACUGAAAUGGUAUAAAGAUGAUAUGGAAAUGGACCGAUAUUGUGGACUCCCAAAAUAUGAAAUUCGUCGUAAUGGAAAAAUCCACACCCUUCAUAUUUACAACUGCACAUUGGAUGAUGCAGCUAUCUACCAGGCCUCAGCCAGCAAUAGCAAAGGUAUUGUUUCCUGCUCGGGAGUUCUGGAGGUUGGCACCAUGAGCGAGUAUAAGAUCCACCAGAGGUUCUUUGCCAAGCUGAAGCAGAAAGCAGAGAAGAAGAAGAGCGAAUUGGAGGCGCACACCAAGAAGGACGAUAAAGAAAACAUUCAGAAAGAGAAACAGCAGAGUAGCCCUGAACGUCCACCAAGAAAGCGACACAUCCCCCGACCAGAGGAGCUGCCAAAGGUCAAGGAGCCUGAGGCCGCUGAGCAACUUGGAGCUGCUGCAGAACCAAAUGGAGUUAGCGCAGAAGUCAAGGAAAAUGUCCCUGUGACACCCAAAGAUGGUGACCUUGCUGCCAAAAAGAAACUAAAGAUCGCAAAUGGUGUAGACAUUGGAGUAACCAGCGGCAGCGGCAGUACAAGCAGUAGCAAUGGCAGAAGCCAUAUGAUGGGGAAUGGAGGUGAGAACUGUUAUGAUGGAGGAAUUGGUUUAGCACAGUUCCUGGCAGAGACCCUCCAGGCCCAGACUGCUGAGGAAAAACAGAACUCAUCUCGAGGGGAGAAACCUAAAGAAACUGAUAUACCUGUUGUAAGUGCCAGUAAAGAGAGAGAGAGAGAGCAAGAGAGGAUGCGAAAAGAGAGUGAAGACCAAGAAAAAGCACGAGAGGAAGAGUAUGAGAGAGAGAAGAGGAGAGAAGAAGAACUGACCACAGACAGGGAGAGAGAAAGAGAGAGGCCAGUGGCGAUGUCACACACGGUACCAUACACAAAACAUGGUUCAGAGGUCAAACAUCACAGCAAGGCUCAUAAGGAUCACGACCACCACAACAUCCAAGCAUCCAUCUCUUCUAUGCUCCACUCAGUCAAGGAUUUCCUCUUCGGUAAGGGUAAGAAGGACUCUCAUGAUUACCAUGAGAACAAGGAGAGAGAAUUUGACCACUUGCCGUCUCAACCAGAAAUGCCACCGUCCUUUCAGCUCCAACCAGAGCAUAAUCAAGUGUGCAAGCCACUUGCUGAGGAUGUUGUGCCGAUGGAAACAGAUGAACCAAAGCAGCCCUCAGAAACUGUGGAUAUAGAACAACACUUGGAGCUAAACGAAUUUAAGACAGCUGAGAGCGGAGAGGAGUCCAAAGGCCAGAGUGUCAAAGAGGUCGAGGAUGCUGUAGAGGCCAUGGAGGUGCCUGUUGGGCCAGGGGUCAGCAGUCCAGGUGAAGAAAUGUCAUUGUCUGGGCUUCAAGUUCUUACUAAGGAUGAAUCUCAGGCAGUCUCUGUUGUCACAGAAAUUCCUGUUCAACCCCGAGAGCCCGACUGUCUGGUAGUUACACCACAAUCUAUUCACCCAGCUGCAACACACGAGUCUUCACCUAAGGAAGAUAUAUCUGUCUUGCCACAAGCCCAAACCCCUAUUGAAGAGGAAUCCUCCCCCACAGCCGCCCUCACUAGUUUGGAAGAAAGCUGGGCUCCCCCCCACAGUGUUAUCUCAGGGUCAGGCAGUCACAACCUUGGAGAAACACCCACUGACACUUUGAGAGAAGACGAAAAGAGUGGUGAUAAGAUUGGCAAAGAUGACCAACCAGAGGAAGCAGAGGAGGGCCUUUCUUUUAAAAAGUUAAGUGAGGGAGAGAAAGCUGAAGUGAAAUCAAACAAAGAGCCACACUCAGUUAUAAACAGAUCUGAGAUUGCAGAAUUAACAACAUCUUCACUGGAAGAGAGAAUAAAGCUGUGCGAAUCUAAAACGCCGGAUCAGGUGCUUUUACCCCUGUCUGCCGUGGCUGCGUACAGUGUCGAGAGAGAUCAUGUAAAAGAAGAAGCUGAACAUACUUCUCUGAUUCAGGAAAUGAAUAUAGGAUUUCCGCCCACUGCCGCCCCAGAGAGUUUAGAGAAGGGUGACCUAAAAAUACAGCGAGAAUGUGCCUCUUCAAUACUGGAGGAAAAUGCAGCAGUCCAAAACGUCAGUACAAUGCAGAGUCCUAACUCAGAAUUUAGAGGCAGUGAAGAGAGAAGUGAAUUGAAAGAGGUAUUGAUUUCUGCUUUAGAGAAAGAUUUAGACGUUAGUCCAUGCAAGAAAACACACGAGCUGGCAAUUUUAGAGGGUGAGAGCAGUGAAGCAAGGAAUGAGAGACUACCGUUUGAAGUGGAGACAGAAAAGGAUCCAAUGAAAGUAGAGACGCUUGAUGAAUCGGAGAGCCUUUCAGUAACACAAAACAAGAAAGGCAAUGACAGUGUUUUAAAGAAACAUAGUAUUGUUGCAAAGCCAGACAGCAGUGAGAGACCACAGGAUUGCCCUUCAGAGAAUAUUCCACAAAUCCAAAUAUACACCGCUGAAGACAGCCCAGAUACUAAACCAGCUGUGCCAGAUGUAAACCCAAAAAUUGAAAUAAUGGAACCUGAGCUCAAAGAGUGUACUUUGCCACUCACUAUUUUGUCACAAAACAAGCAAAAAUCAGAGGCUGACGUUAUGCCAAAACAUGAUGCAACUCGUGUGUCAUCGGUAACAACUCAGGUCCAGGGAAAGGCUGAUUCUCAUAGUUUGUUGCCCACACAGAAAGGUAUGCCAGAUGAUUACAUCAAACCAAAUGCACCGGAUGUAAACAGCAAUGAACAUUUCGUAAUCCCAAAAAUUGAAAUCAUGGAGCCUGAGUUCAAAGAAUGUAGUCUGCCACUGACCAUUUUGUCACAAAACAAGCAAAAGUCAGAGUCUACUAUUAUGCCAAAACAUGAUGCAACGUGUGUGUCAGCAGUAAUAACUCACGACCAGGACCAGGCUGAUUCUCAAAGUGUGUUGCCCACACAGAAAGGUAUGCCGAAUGAUUAUAUCAAGCCAAAUGCACCAGAUGUGUACCCCAAUGAAAAUUUUGUAAUCCCAAAAAUUGAAAUCAUGGAGCCCGAGCUCAAAGAGUGCACUCUGCCACUGCCUAUUAUGCCAAAACAUGAUAUAACUCAUGUGUCCAUGGCAGAGAUCCAAGACCAGAGCAUGGCUGAUUCUUCAAGUUUGUUGCCCACGCAGAAGGGUAUGUGGAAUGAUAAUAACCUCUCACCCACAGGGAAAGUAAAGGAAAUUGUGCAAUUAGAUGACAAGACAGGAACAUUUGAGCGAGAUCAGGCUUGCGUGAAAAGCAGUGAACAGCUCCCUCAGAUGGACUUUGCAUCAAUUCCUCUUAUUAGUGUUUCAUGUACUGAUGACAGGGAGGAUGAUGGUUAUGUAAACACCCAUGUUUCAGAUACCUCACAGCCUUUUGAAACAUCAGCAGUGCCUUCGUUUGUGGUCCCACCGAUCUCUGUCACUUGUCAUGAAAGUGAUUCUGCUCUCAGACUGUCCACUCAAAGUGAGUCAGAAACAGAAACCUCUGCUGCCACGCAAAGGGGAACAAGGCAGGAUGUUGAAAAUAGUAUGACCAUAAAGUCUGAAAAAACUCAAAGCAGAAAACAGAACCAAGAAGAAAUGUCAGAAAAGAUUAUAAAAGAGAACACUUCCUCGAUGCUAUUUGAAGGUUUAGUACCACAGCUUGGUGAGAAUGGGCCAUCAUUCAGUAAAACAACAGAAGAUAACAUUGUCCCUGAAACCCUGAAGACAAAACCCCUCAAAGAGCCCAAGAUAGAGAAUUCUGUGUCUGUUGAGAGACUCUGCUCUAAACCUCCAGCACAUCCAUCACUGAGUCCAGCCAGUCUUCGCAAGUUCAUGUCCAGAUCUUCCCCAGACUCAGACACUGUGGGUGACCGUCAGAGUGACAAGGUGGAUGAUGAUCUAAGCGGAGGCUCAACGCCAACAUCAUCCCUUUCCUGUGAAAGCAGCCCCCGGCUGAAACGCAGAGACAGUCUGUCACUCAUACGCUCUGCCACACCUGAGGAGUUGGCCUCCGGAGCCCGACGCAAAAUCUUCAUCCCAAAACCUAAAGAAGAUAUUGAGGGAGUAGUGGUUGGUGCGCUCGACACUCAAGGCAAGAAAGAGAGCCCCUACAUGUCACCCAGCCAGGCUCGCAGAGCCGCAUUACUACAGGCUCCCACAGGGCAAAAUACCCCACCAAUGGAGAGACGCUCUCCGCUGCUGAGCCGCAGGAAGGUCACCUUGGAGGUGCCAAAAGUCGUGGCGGAGACUCCCACAGAAGAGCCAGUCAGCAUCAAACGAGAGGAAAAACCAGCUGAGAAGAAGCUAGACCCUUUGAAAGCUCCGCAGGUCAUCCGUAAGAUCAGGGGGGAGCCCUUCCCAGAUGCCUCAGGACACCUGAAGCUGUGGUGCCAGUUCUUCAACGUGCUCAGUGACUCCACCAUAAAGUGGUUCAGAGAUGAGGAGGAAAUACUAGAGGUGAAGAGAAGUGGAGGAGAUGAAAGCCAAGUAGCUCUGGCUAUUGUCCUAGCGUCCAGCAAAGACUGUGGGGUAUAUGGCUGCUCCAUCAGUAAUGAAUAUGGGACUGACACCACUGACUUCCUGCUCAGCGAGGACAUUCUGUCUGAGAUAUUACUAAGAGAUGAUCUGGAAGUCGGAGAGGAGAUCGAGAUGACGCCGCUGUUGUUCAACAGAGGCCUGGCUGACUCUGGUAACUGGGGCGACAAGUACUUUGGCCGCAUCAUGACCGAAGCGGCAAACAUCGGAGAGGGCUGCGCUCACAAAACCAGCAGAGUGAAGGUCAUUUACGGCCUUGAUCCCAUCUUUGAGUCUGGAAGCUCGUGCAUCAUCAAAAUUCAAAACCCCAUCCCCUAUGGGACCAAACAGGAGAGCAACCUUGCCGAGAGAAACAUAGAGAUUACUAAGCAAGAAUGCAAAGUCCAAAACAUGAUUCGGGAAUACUGUAAAAUCUUUGCUGCCGAGGCAAGAAUCAUUGAGAACUUUGGCUGCUCACUAGAAGUGAUUCCUCAGUAUCUGAUGUACCGGCCUGCAAACUCUGUGCCAUAUGCCACAGUGGAGGCUGAACUGAAGGGUGCCUUCCUUAGCUAUUGUAUGAUGGAUGCUAAAGGCAAGCUGAUUACACAAACCACUUCUGAGGUGGAGCAGAAAUGCAGCACCUUCCAGCAUUGGAUCCAUCAGUGGACGCACGGCAAUUUGUUGGUCACUCGGCUAGAUGGUGUUGAAACGAAGAUAACAAAUGUUAAAGUUGUGACCAAGUCUAAAGGAUAUCAAGGACUGACAGAGUAUGGCUCUCCUGAAGUAUUUGAACAGUUCCUGACACACCAUCAGUGCAACUACUACUGUGGACUGCUCAGCCUGAGGCCACUUAAGACUAUGGAUAGUCUGCAGCCCACCAAGACGAAGGGCUCCAGGAGCCCUCUGCUCAACCGCAAGUUGGGCUCUAACAGCCCACAGCUGCAGCGGAAAGGACAAAGCCCUCAGAUGAUAAGAAAGGCAAAUUCUAGCCCAAAGGUGCCCAGAAAAGUUCAGGAGACCGAGGACAAUAAAUCAGGUGCCAAACCCAUGCCUGCAGAAACCGGUGAUGUUCUUGAAACGAGGUAGGAAAAAAAACACCUCUUUCGUUUCAAGCAAGAUGUUAGUUCUUUUAAUGGUAUAGUAUUACCUGUUUCUUUCCAGUUACCAAAGCCAGCAAGGACUUGAAGAGUUAAUAUUGUAAGAAAAGGAACGGUUCGUUGACCUGACUUGUUAUAAAGAAUUGUGACCUCGGUCACCAUUACAGUUAGAAUAUGAGACAUACGUCCUCAUGUUUAUGAGAAUGUUUUCAGCAUUGGGCACAGGGUUUUUGAACUUAUAGCUCACCAAUGCUAAACAGCAAAAUCAGUGUUUUUAACUUUAACGGUAUGAAAGGCAACUGGGCCACAAACAUAUACGCUACUGAAUGGUUUGAAACACUUGUUUCAGAGUCUUAUCAGCUCUAUGAGUGGACAAAACUCUCCAAACACAAUUUGUCUUUUAACGUCAAACCAUUUGAAUGGCUUGAUUUAAAAAAGAUUUAGCAGAUUAAAGCUGCAGCCACUGAGGUUAGCUGAGGUAAUGUAUCCACACUAUAUGCCAUAUGUUCAUCUGUGAUGUACAGUAUGUGUGAGAGGCAUAAAGUUUAUUUUGGAUAUGGUAUUUAAAGGUGGCAUUUGAACAGCAUUUCUUUUCAUAGCUCACGUUGUUGAAGUAGAGCACCGUUAUCAGGUCAAAGAUAUUUGUGUGCACUUUGUUUUUGGUAUUCAUUUUGAGUAGUUUUUGAGUACUCUGUAUCUGUCUUUGUAUCUGUAUCUGUGUCUUUAAUAAUUCCUCUUCCGGUCUUUUAAAAUAAACGCUGGUGAAUGCUACUGUCAAAUCCAUGAGCAGUAAGGGGCUUAUCAGUAAACUCUUUAACUAUGGUACGCUCACGCUCAUUGACAUGCAAACACACAAGUGUGUUCCUAGUCACAUGGAAAGCUGGUAAUUGAGCGCCACACAGUCAUUUGCACCUGACCUAUGGACUCUGGGGAUAAAAGCCCGCUGAGCAAAAUAACCGAAAGAGCGGAAUAUUGAUCACCAAGUAAGGUUCCCUGCAUGAAAUCUGUGACAUUUUUUUCCACAACUAGAAAUCACUUUUGAAUGAGCAAGAGAGCUGAGUUUUGCAGUUGGUCAGUAGUAACAUGAUCAAUCUUAAGCAUCGCCUUUUCUUUUUUUUUUCUAUUCAUUUUUUGCGAGGUGAAAAGUCAGCAUGGACUGAAUACAAAUUAGAAUGAAAUCUCUUAAGUCUUAGGAACUUCAAAUAAUGAGGAACUUCUGUAAAGGAUUGUUGGUUAACGAUCAACCAGCGUCUACAAAUGAGCCCAAAUAGUCACAUUAAACAUUAGCUACCCUCACAAAAAAAAAAUUUAAUUGCAUGAGUUUUUUUGAUGAUUGAAAACCCAAAUUCUCAAAAAAAAGAAGAAUGUUGGAAAAUGACAAUGACAUAAGGUGUGGUGUCAUGCAAACAAUCUGUUGUAUUUAUGUGUAUAUAAAGUCAAAGCGCUAAAUAUCUGAAGUAGUGUGAAGAAAAUGCAAAUGUGUGAGGGAGUGUGAGUGAGCCAAUGAAUGAGUAGUUAGGAAAGAAGCAUAAAUGUGUGUUUACAAUGUGUGCUGUCUCAUUCGUGUAACAUCAUGUCGGCUUAUGUUUUUUUUUUUUUUUUUUUUAAAUAAACAUGUAAAACAUU